AUGUCUACCCCGAACGAUCUCCAGACCCUCCUGGCCAGCAUUAGGGGGCGUCCAUCGCCCCCUAAUGGCCCUGGUCAGGACUAUUAUCAGCAACGUCCCCAGCAGCAAUACCAACAGCCUUACCAGCCGGGAAUGUUCCCGCCUCAUCCUCAGCAGCCAUACGACGGACAGGGCUAUCCCCAUCCUCAGCCGCACGGCUACUAUCACCCAUCAGUCUCGUCGAACAUGCAGAGUCCUGCCCCAGUGAAUACCCCGCCUCACCAUGGCUCCGAUAUUCUCAGCCCGAAUGUGCCGACUCCUCGCAAUGACUGGCCUCAGCAACCGCCACAGCAGCAGCAGCAGCAGCAGCAGCAGCCGCCGCAGCCCGUUGACCUGCUGAGUCUUCUGAGAUUCAGCCAGGGUCAGGGUGCGGCUCCUCCGCAAGCUCCUGCCAUGGCCCCCGAGCAGCCUCGCUCCCCUCCUACACAGGAGACGACCUCGCCCGACGGACGAAACACUUCCGCUUCGGACUUUGUCGCCUCAUUGUUCGGCAAACAUGCUGCUGCCCCUGCUUCUGCGCCUCCUGCCCCCGCCGAGGUGCUCCAUGCUCAGCCGGAAGGCCCGAGUGAAAACACGCAGGAUAUGCUGCUCCGCCUGCUCAACCGAUCCCAGCCCGGGGCCAAUGUCGCCGACGCACCCGCGCUGGUUCCUACUACUUACACUGCUGCUCCCGAGUCGGCCAAGAUCGAGCCCAAGGAGAUCAUUGAGAUCGUAGAAGCUAGCCCUAAGGCGCCCGCGGAGCCAGAAGCCCUCGUAUCCCCGGGCUCUAAGGACUCUAUGUUCACAUACGUCAAUCCUUUCGAUCAAUUGGCUGCUAUGUCUCCUCGCAAGCAGUCCCCACAGCCCCAAUCGGAUGACGAGGGUCCUGAAAUUGAAGUGACGAAGAAGAUCAACGUCACCGCGAAUAUUGAACCUGUUGUCGCUCCCGAAAUGUCUCGGCCUAAGCGAAUCCCGACGCCGCCCUUGGAAAAAGAUCAGCAGAAAGCAGUCAACGAGGUCGUUAGUCGUCUUGUCGAUCAGAUUGGACGUUCUCUCAGCGGAGAUGAAGCCAAGGCCCUGGGAAUGGAGGGUGAAGCUCCCACCGUGAAGGAGGAGCCUACUGAAUCGGCUAUUGCGGGUAUUGCCAAUCAAUUGCGCGAAAGUGUUGCCGAGGCCAAGGAGGAAGCUGGCUUGGAAACGCCUGCCGAGUCCGUCAAGCAGGUCAAAAUUGACAUUUCUUCUACCCCUGUUGGCCAGAGUGGGAAUGAAAACACCGAUGCUCUGGCUGACAGCUGGGAAAGCGCGGAAGAUAGCGCCGAGAAGGAGGAGGAGCGUGUGGUCUCUGUCCACAACUUCCCUCUGCGGCCGUUCAUCUCCAUCGCCGUGAAGCCGCAAUCUGGAAAGCUUGUGACCUUCCGCGACGAUGAUGUUAUGGACAUCGCCCGUCUUAAGAAGGAGUUCGACCAGCUUGACCGCUCUUUGACCGCUGCUACUUCUGAAUAUAUUGUUUAUGCCCUGGCAAAGACUGGCGGCAUCAGGAUUAUUCGUCAAGACGACGGAUCUGACCGACAGGUUUUCCGUUCCACUCGCGAUCGCGUCUUUAACGUGGCUUUGUGCACUUCUGCCUCCACUACUGGCCAGUCCGAAGUGCAGGCCUUCCUUGGAAUCGGUGUUAGCGGCACUGUUUACUGGGCUCUGAUCUCCGGCCAGGACAAGGAUCUCUUCGAGCAGGAUGCUUUGGAGCGCGAGAGUCUCAUCUUCCCACCUUUCCCUGCCUCCGACGAGAACACCUCCGGUGGCCAGCUGAAAACGCGGGCCAAGCGGAGCACUCGCCACGCCGACUUGUUUGCUAUUGGCCGUGGAAAGAAUAUUUAUGUCGUCUCUCCCUAUGCGGCCAUGCACCCCAACUAUGGCGUGUCGGGAACCCAGCGCACGGUCAACACUGAGAAGUUCCUCAAGGAGCGUGCUCUGAAGAUUUCUACUGGCAAAGCCGGAAAGGAUUUUGCCUUCAGUGAUGAUGACACUGUCAUUGCCUCUCUGGACAAGACGGGCCGCCUGCGAUUCUGGGACAUCAAGGAUGUUCUUGAAAAUCCCUCAUUCGCUGAUGGACCUGUUGCAAAUGAAGUUCGAGUCCCAUUGAACACAUUCGUGACUGGCUCGCCCGCUGAGAAGUCCUGGCCCACUUCGGUGCUCUUCCUUGACAAGCUUCGUGCCUACUCAAAGUCUACGGCUCUUCGAUACGUGUUGGUUGGACUCAAGCAGAACCAUACCUUGCAGCUCUGGGAUAUUGGGCUGGGUAGGGCUGUGGAGGAAGUGAAGUUCCCCCACGAGAACGAGUCAGACGCGAUAUGCAGCGUCGCUUAUCACCCGUCCUCUGGUAUCGUUGUGGUUGGCCACCCCACACGUAACUCUAUUUACUUCGUCCAUCUAUCUGCACCCAGAUACAACCUGCCUGUGAUGUCCCAGGCGGAGUUCAUCAAGGCCUCCACCGAGAAGGACAGUAACUUGCCCAAGCCCGAGUCUACUGCCUGCUUGAGCGGCAUUCGUGAGAUCUCUCUGGGCACUAAGGGCCAGCUGCGAAGCCUGGAGCUUCUUCCCGCCACGAAGUCUGUUACUGAUAAGCGUGGCGUCGAGGGAAACAGCCUGUUUGAGCUGUACGUGAUGCACUCUCACGGCGUGACCUGCUUGAACAUCAAGAAGGAGGACCUGGGAUGGACCUCUGAUAACAAGGUCAUCCGUCCUAUUGACGGACUGGAGGAAGGCACGAUCGAGAUCAAUGACCUUCAGACUUUCCCGAGCUACGUCACGGACGAUCCCUCAGUGAACGGGGACACUGCGUCCACCACUCCUUCCCGCGCAGCUACCGUGAAGGACACAGUGAAGAAGACCGACGCUAUGGAAUCUACUGCUGGCAUCAUUUCCUCUCGCAACGCGUCUCCCGCCAAGGUUGCCAAGAAGAAGACCGUAGAGGAGCAGAUCGAUUCCGCUACGCCUAGCGGUGCUGAGAAGCCUGAAAAGAAGAAGAAGAAGAAGGCUUCUGCCUCCGAGGCAACUAUCAAGGCCAAGGAGCCCACCGCCGCGGUCGGUAUCGAGCCUCUUCCCACCAAGGAGACCGAUUCUCUUGCUACCUCGACUGCUGCCAUGGCUGCGACUCGUGCUGCAGACGGCACGGUUCCCAAUGGGCUUGUCUCGAGCCUGCCGGCUUCUGCUAUCUCAAGUGAGAUUCUGACUAAGCACAUGGAGACUCUGCAAGGCACAGUCUCGGCUGAGUUCAACAAGUCCCUUGGUCAAGAGUUUGAAGGCCUCUACCGCCGCUUCGAUGAUGAGCGUCGCAGCUGGGAUGCUGCUUCGUCUACCAAGCAGGACCAAGUCCUUCGCCUGGUCUCGAGCACAUUGUCUGACAACGUCGAGAAGAACCUCACCCGUAUUGUCUCCCAGAGCAUCCAAACUGAAAUUAUCCCCGCUAUCGGCCAGACCGCUGCCAUCGCCGUUGCCAAACAGGUGAACAGCAUCGUCACCCAGCAGCUUGGAAGUUUGUUCAAGGAUGAGCUGCGCCAGGCCCUUCCCAAGGCGGUCAGCAAUGCUCUGCAACAGCCGGCCGUUUUGAAGACCAUCUCGGACUCUGUUGCACAGACCCUGGCUCCUCGCCUUGAGACCGAGGUCUCGAAGGCUGUGCAGGGUUCCAUCGCUCCCUUGAUUGAGACCCUGUCUCUCAGCACCAAGAAGAUCGAGACCGACAUGGAGAGACAGUUCCAGGCUCAAAUCAGGUACUACGAGGCCCAGCGCCAGAGCGAUAACGCUAAGCUUGAAGAAAUGGCUUCCAUGCUGCGUGGUCUGUCUACCACCGUGGCUUCGCUGGCCGCGAGCCAGACUCGCCCGAGCGAGCCGACCCACAACCACCGCUCCUCCAUGGGACGCCCGACACCUGAUGAAAUUGUCAACGUUGCUCCCCGGGCAAUGCCUCACCCUCAGCCUCAUCCUCUGUCUCGCCCUCAAUCCAGGCCCCAGAGUGGUCCGCCUCAGAACAUUGCCGCCCAGCCGAUUGCUCCUGGUUCCCUCGCCGACACAGCUGAAGCGACUGAGAUUUCUCGGCUCCUCAAUGCCGGUCGCUACGAGGAUGCCACCAUGAAGUGGAUCCAGUCCAGCCAGCAGGCUGACCUCUUCGACCACGUCUUUGUCAACAUUAGACCCGACUACCUGCCGCGUUUGUCCACCAUGCUCAUGCUUUCCGUGGGUGUAGCGGUCACCUCAUCCCUGCAGACCAAUGUCGCCCAGCGUCUGAACUGGAUCAACGUGAUCCUCAAUAACCUGAACCUUGCCGACCCCGAAAUGCGCGACGUCACUCCCAAAAUCAUGCAGCGUCUCAGCGAGCGCCUCAACGGCCUAUACAUGGACGUUGUCAACCGCAACCCGCAAGACCCCCUUCUCCGCCUGAUCAUUCCCCUGACCCGUCGCGCCCACGGAAUGAACGUCUAA